AUCAGACAAUAAAAGAAGAUCCCUUUUCAACGCGUUUUUUCUUUUAUCCAUUCUUCGCUUCUUCAUCGCCUUCAUCACAAUCAUCUAUUAUGGAUUAAUUCUCAUUAUAGAUUAUCUAUUCCUAUUCUUCUCUUUAUAGAUCUAUUUCGCAUGUUCUUCGAUCUUCGAUCGGUUACGAUCGAACAGAGAGUUUUCGAUUUUUGUUCUUUCUUAACAAUUAGGGUUUCGACGAGCACAAAAUGAUGCCUACCGUGCCCGUUGGACUCUUCAUUUUACGCAAUUUAGUUCUAUUUCACGGUGGAUCUUCUUUUCAUCGUUUGAAACAUCUUGAAAAAAGUGAUCGGCGUGGUAAUCUUAGUUAACCUUACGCUUUUUUGUUGUUGUUAAUCUCGUUUUCUGAAGUUUUUUUAUUCUGUUUUUCGGAAUAUAUCUUCUGGUUUUGUUUGUUUCGAUUCGUGGUUGAAUCGGUCGUACGUGGUUGAGGAAAUUCGUCGACGAAUUAGAGGCCUUUGGUAUUUCGUUGACUUCAAAGGACGAGAAAGCUUGCUGUUGUUUGUUCUUAUUUUGAGUCUUUUGCUGUUUGCAUCUACAAACGCCGUCGUAUAAGUGUGAUCUUAUACAAUUGAUGGACAUCCACUCUCCUGUUAAUGCUGUGGACGAUGACACCAUAAGUAAACUUGAAAGUACAUUUGGUGGGUCGUUGCAUAUUCAAGAUGAUCAAAAGUUAGAACAUGUAUCUGAUGCGGAUGAUAUUGGUAAUUGUCAUGUGGGGGAGGGGCGCUUAUAUAGAGAUUUUGAAUGGCAACAAACCACUCUAAAAAUGAAGAGUUCCAAAAAGUGUUCAACCUUUCCUUAUCCUGAUAUGGUGUUACCAUCAAGCUCUUCUGAUGAGGAGGCUGAUACGUCAUCCACAGAAUCACUCUCUGAGCAAUCUCCACAUCAAAGUUACUCAUGCUCAGCAUCUCAGAAAGCACCUCAAAAACUUGUAUCUGCCAUGAAGGGUAGCCGUGAGAAACUCGGAGGACCACUUAUGAAAUUAUCUGUUAAAUGGGCCCCUGAUGUGUAUGAUCCUGUACCAACAUUAUCCUCACAUACUGUGAAAAUCAGGAAACAGCCGAAAUCUAGGAUGAAGAAGAGCGAAAAGAAAUAUGGAAAGAAAGUUCAAAAGGAGAAAUAUUCUAAAGGGGGUAGCAGUAAAGAUAAAAAGCAAUAUCGCAAUAGUUGGCCAGAAGCUUGUAGCAGAAGAUUUGAUGCUUCAAUGGAAUUAAAUAAUCUUAACGCUGUUAGCCAUGAUUCAUAUCAUGGAAUUAGCAACUCAAAAAUACCAGCUACAGAAAAUCCCUGUCAUGUAGGAGAAACGAUGAAUAACAUACUUGAUUUUAUCUCCUAUAUCAAGACUGCAUAAUAAUGUUUUGUUAGUAAUUGUAUCCUAUAUUAAGACUGCCUAAAUAAUUAGUUGCAUGUUAGGUUGUGUGUGAUGAAGAGUUUUUAGUUUUCCGGAUAGACAUUAUUUAGUGCUAUCUUGAAAGCUGGAUGGUAUUAUUUGGUUUAAUUGCAGUUUUUAUCUUUAA